AUGGAGAACACCUACAGCAGAAAUCAGAAAGACAGAGACAGAAACAUAGAGAAGAAGAAGAAGAAGAAGAAGAAACAGGAGUGGAAAGCAGAGAGACAGAGAGAGAAGAUGAAGAAUAAGAAGAAGAAACAGGAAUGGAAAGCUCAUGAGGAUAUUUCUAUCAAGUUUCCACCCCGCGUACCUUCACCAAUAGCAUACCUUCCGUCCACAAUACUCGAUCUCUUCAAUCUAGGAUAUCAGCAACAGAGAUUCGAAUCCCCUCUCUUCCUUAGGAACCUACUGCAUAGAUUUGGUUUUUCUGGCCCGUGGGUGAAGCUGGUAGAACGUUGCUGGGCUAAUUGUUGGUUCUCGGUUCUGGUCAAUGGUGACAGUGCGGGUUUCUUCAAAUCAACAAGAGGUCUAGGCAAGGGCGAUCUAUUAUCUCCCAAUUUGUUUAUUUUGGCUGCUGAAGCUUUGAGCAGGGGAAUAUCAAAUCUGAUGGCCAGAGGCGACUACACCCCCUAUCAGCUUGGCAGGAGAUGUCCCCAGGUCUCGCAUUUAUUGUACGCCGAUGAUACGCUUUUAUUCCUUAAUGAGGGCCUGAAAUCGAUUAGGGCCAUGAAAAGUUUCCUCACUUCCUAUCAAAGGGCCUCUGGCCAGGAAGUUAAUGUAGUCAAGAGCAGCUUCCUUUGCUCGGGGCGCCUCUCAGCCCCUGGGCCCUCCUCCAUUCAACGGGCUCUUGGGAUCUCUAGGACAUCCUCUGACUUGCUUUAUCUGGGAGUUUUGGUUGGUGCAGGCAGGAGGAAAGCUGUAGAUUUCCAACAUUUGUUAGACAAGGUGGACUGCAGGAUCAGAGGAUGGCAGUCCAGAUGCCUCACUCAAGCCGGUAGGGCUGUGCUACAGCAAAACGUGCUGACUAGUAUCCCGGUGCACACGUUGGCAGCAGUCCAGGUUCCUUGUGGUGUGCUAAAGGACUUGGAAAGAAGGUUUUCUGAUUUCUUUUGGGGCUGGAAUGAAGGCAAGAAAAAGCUGCACUGGAGAAGCUGGUCACACAUUACGACUCCCAAAUCGGAAGGAGGGUUGAGCAUCAGGAAUUUGACAGAGGUCAUGGUUGCGCUAGGACUUAAACUUGUUUAG